UCAUCCCUGUAUAUAAAUAUGCAGCGUCGUUGAUCUUGUGCAUCCAAGCUUCAAAAAUCAAACUGAAGUCGAAAGCACACUCUCUUUUUCACUCUCUAUUUCCAAAUCACUAGUUGCGUACCUGUGUCAAACAAAAUGGACACCAAAGUUGGUUCUGUCGACGUCGCCUCUCCGGAUGGUGAGGUUUCCUCCGUCCAGACAUCCGCCGUUCCAAUCAGCCACUCCGAGUCCACUCUCGGCCGACACAUCGCUCGUCGACUCGUCCAAAUCGGUGUCUCUGACGUCUUUUCUGUUCCCGGCGACUUCAACCUCGCUUUGCUUGACUACCUCGUCGCCGAGCCUGGACUCAACCUCAUUGGCUGCUGCAAUGAGCUCAAUGCAGGAUACGCUGCUGAUGGAUACGCUAGGUCUCGUGGUGUUGGAGCAUGCGUCGUUACUUUCACUGUCGGCGGACUUAGUGUCAUCAACGCCAUUGCCGGAGCUUACAGUGAAAAUCUCCCGGUGAUUUGUAUUGUGGGUGGACCGAAUUCAAAUGAUUAUGGUACUAACAGAAUUAUUCAUCAUACGGUAGGAUUGCCGGAUUUUACCCAAGAGCUUCGUUGCUUUCAAACUGUCACUUGCUUUCAGGCUGUGGUUAACGAUUUGGAAGACGCACAUGAACUGAUCGAUAAAGCGAUUUCAACAGCCUUAACGGAAAGCAGGCCAGUUUACAUCAGCGUCAGCUGCAAUCUACCUACAAUUAGUCAUCCUACUUUUAGCCGGGAACCUAUUCCCUUUUCACUCUCGCCAAAGUUGAGUAAUCAAAUGGGUUUAGAAGCAGCCAUUGAAGCAGCAGCGGAGUUCUUAAACAAAGCUGUGAAGCCAGUAAUGGUAGCAGGACCAAAACUUCGUGUAGCAAAAGCAUGCGAUGAAUUUGUUGAAUUAGCUAACUCAUGUGGGUAUCCUGUAGCCGUGAUGCCAUCAGCAAAAGGGAUAUUUCCAGAAGAGCAUCCUCGAUUCAUUGGAACAUAUUGGGGUGUUGUAAGCACACCUUUUUGUGCCGAAAUUCUUGAAUCUGCUGAUGCUUACUUAUUUGCUGGAUCUGUAUUCAAUGACUUCAGCUCCGUAGGAUACUCUCUUCUUCUCAAGAAAGAAAAAGCCAUAAUCUUGCAGCCUGAACGUGUACUGAUUGGAAAUGGCCCAGCUUUUGGGUGUGUGUUGAUGAAAGAUUUCUUGAUAGGUUUGUCAAAGAGACUUAAGAAGAACACAACUGCCUAUGAGAACUAUUGUAGGAUUUAUGUGCCGGAAGGAAAGGUUGUGAAACCUGAACCUAAACAGGCGUUGAGGCUUAAUGUUCUGUUUCAUCACAUACAGAAUAUGUUGUCAGGUGAUACUGUUGUGAUUGCUGAAACUGGUGAUUCCUGGUUCAAUUGUCAGAAGCUAAAACUGCCAAAAGGAUGUGGGUAUGAGUUCCAGAUGCAAUACGGGUCGAUUGGGUGGUCAGUGGGAGCGACACUUGGGUAUGCACAAGCCGCAACUGACAAACGAGUGAUUACGUGUAUUGGUGACGGAAGCUUCCAAAUGACAGCUCAAGAUAUUUCAACAAUGAUUCGAUGCGGGCAAAACAACAUCAUCUUCUUAAUAAACAACGGCGGAUACACAAUUGAAGUGGAGAUCCAUGACGGGCCCUACAAUGUCAUAAAAAAUUGGAACUACACUGCUUUAGUUGACGCGAUCCAUAAUGGCGAGGGCAAAUGCUGGACUAGUAAGGUGUUUUGUGAAGAGGAGCUUGUUGAGGCCAUUGAGAUGGCGACCAAGGAGAAAAGAGAUUGUUUGUGUUUUAUUGAAGUGGUUGUGCAUAGAGCUGAUUCGAGCAGAGACACGCUCGAGUGGGGUGCAAGAGUGGCUGCUGCUGGCGGCCGAGCCCCGAACCCUCAGUAAAAAAAUAUUUUACUCUAUCCGUCCGGAUGAGGAUUCACUAGGGUUUGAUGAUAUAUAAAGUGUAUGGAAUCUAUAUUCUAUGUUGCUAUUUUAACUAAGAAAGAAUAACGGUCAAACAUCUUGAAUGUAUUCGGCCCAUGUAUUGUCUAGCAUUAUGCUUGUAUUUUGUGUA